AUGGCUCUCAAGCGCAUCAACAAGGAGCUCACUGAUCUCGGCCGAGACCCUCCCUCUUCCUGCUCCGCCGGCCCCGUUGGUGAGGAUCUGUUCCACUGGCAAGCUACGAUUAUGGGUCCUAGCGAGUCCCCAUACUCCGGCGGUGUCUUCUUCCUCGCCAUCCACUUCCCUACCGACUACCCCUUCAAGCCUCCCAAGGUCAACUUCACCACCCGCAUCUACCACCCCAACAUCAACUCUAACGGCAGCAUCUGCCUGGACAUUCUGCGCGACCAGUGGAGCCCUGCGUUGACCAUUAGCAAAGUUCUUCUGUCUAUCUGCUCGAUGCUGACGGACCCUAACCCUGACGAUCCUUUGGUGCCCGAGAUUGCCCACGUCUACAAGACCGACCGGCCCCGAUACGAGGCCACCGCCCGGGAGUGGACUCGAAAGUAUGCGAUUUAA